CAUCGCACAGACCACACUCCACAUCGAUCCCCUCUCGAAACCAUCGCCUCCGCCGCCCACCAUGCCGCCGCCGCCGGCGGCGGCACCAUCGCUGCCGGAUGAGAUCCUCGAGGAGAUCUUCCUCCGGCUCCCGCCGGACGAGCCCGAACACCUCGUGCGCGCGUCCCUCGCAAGCAAGCUCUGGCUCGGCCUCCUCUGCGGCCCUCGCUUCCGCGGCCGCUACCACGACCACCAUGGAGCUCCCCCCAUGCUGGGCUUCCUCCAUACCUGGCUGGAGAACUGGGAGGAUCAAGGCCCCGUCCCACACCUCACCUCCACCACGAAAUUCGGCGCGCGCAUUCCGGACCACGAACGCGACUACUCUCCGCUGGACUGCCGCCAUGGCCGCGUCCUUCUUGGGGAUGAUGUGAAUCAGAUACCCAUGGCGCUCGUCGUCUGGGACCCCAUGACGGGCCGCCGGAGGGAGCUGGAAGCGCCCGACCUGGUGGUCGACAGCCACGGGACCGCCGUGCUCUGCGCCGUGGGCGGCUGCGACCACCGCGCUUGUCACGAGGGUCCCUUCCAGGUGGUCUUUGUUUGCGUGGGCUCGAAAGGAGAUGACGAUGAGGAUUGCGUUGCGUACGCUUGUGUGUCCUUGCCAGAGACCGGUGACUGGAGCAAGCCGUGCCCUCUAUUUGAUCAGUGGGGCGAGCCAUGCCCUGCUCUUCUUCUUCCGGCCGAAACAUUCUUCGAGCCAACGCCCCCUGUCCUCAUCGAAGGAGCAGCACUUCACUUCAUGCUUGAGGUUGUUGAUGAUGAUAGUGUAGGAAUUCUUAAGUAUGACUUGAGCUCUCAUAGCUUGUCACUGAUUGAUGCACCGAUUGAGGGUUCUCACAUUCCCACUGCCUCUAUCCUCAUGGCCAUGGAGGAUGGCAGUUUGGGGUUUGCGCAUGUCAGUGGAUCAACACUCUAUCUGUGGUCAAGACUGAUGGGUUCCGAUGGAGUUGCUUCAUGGAGUCAACGUACAAUUAUCAAUCUUGGAAACCUUUUCCCCAUCCAAAAUCCCGAGGAAAGCCUUACACUGGUUGGAUCCGUGGAGGGCCGUGAUGUCCUCUUUGUGCCCACGGAGCUGGGCAUCUAUGAGAUUAAUGUUGAGUCGCAGCGAUGGAAGAAGCUAUGGAAGAGAAAGAAAUUACAUGCUCUGAUUCCAUACAUGAGUUUCUAUACAAUCCAAAAGGUUAGUGGAGCAAACAAAACAAAGAAUCUCUAAUCAGAUAUAAAGUUACAGUUCAACUGUUCCCAAUCAGACUUUUGAGUCCUAGAAAGGCGGCCACUCUCAUCAACAAGAAAGAUGGCAAGCUUGGAGGCGACAAGGGUGUUGUGAUGAAUAAACUUGCAGAAAGGAUAAUCUUGUAAUGAACCUCCCAUUAUUGCAGAUGCAGUAGGAACCAUGUGCUCUGUUGUUUUAUUUGCUUGAAAUGCAUCUGCAGACAGCAGCUUUGUCUUA